ACAGCAAUUAUAAUAGACUGAUUGGCCAGCAAGCCUCAGAGAUCUGCCUGUCUUACCCUCCCCAGUUCUGGGAGUAUAAAUAUGUUUCAGCAUGCCAGAAUUUUUAGAUGGGUGCUGGGGAUUGAACUCAGGUCCUCAUGUUUGUAAGGACAGUGAUUCUUUUGCUGUCAGAUGUCUUUCUGCUUGACUGAACUACACCUGUGGUCUCUGAAAAGCACCUUGCACAUUGCGGAUAGAGACAUCGGUGUCUACCAGUACUAUGACAAGAAAGACCCACCAGUAUCAGCAGCAGAGUAUGGUAACUUAGAAGAAAAACAUAGGCUGGCUGAAUCACGAGAUUAUCCUUGGACACUCAAAAAUAGACGCCCAGAAAAACUUCGAGACUCACUGAAAGAGUUGGAGGAGCUGAUGCAAAACAGUCAGUGCGUGCUGAGCAAAUGGAAGAGCAAACACGUCUGUCAGCUCUUCUUUGGUUCAGGUGUGCUGGUGUCCCUAAGCCUUUCUGGGCCUCAGCUGGAGAAAGUGGUGAUUGACAGAAGCCUGGUGGGGAAGCUCAUCGCAGACAACAUCAGUGAUGCUCUUCUUACAGACAAUUUCAUCAUCCUAUCAUUUUUGGCACAAAACAAACUAUGUUUUAUUCAGUUUACAAAGAAGAUGGAUUCUCUGGAUGUAAAUAAGAGAUUGGACAAGCUCUCAGCCUUGGAUUAUAAGAUUUCCUAUUAUGACAUACCUGGCCCAGCAAACAGGACAAUAGAGCGCCACUUAGCUAUCAACUCUACUCAGGAUCUGGUUGUUUGCUGGUGGCCACUGGUCAGUGAUGAUGCUUGGCCCUGGACUCCAAUUUCUUCUGAGAAGGACAAAGCCAAUAUCCUGCUUCUGGGUUUUACUCAAGGAGGACUGGAGGUUCUGAGUUCUGUUCGCUCAAAAUGGGAUCCUCUGGAUGUUCACUUUGGUGCCAAACAACCUUACCAGGUGUUCACAGUGGAGCGCUCCAUCAGUGUAGACAAGGAGCCCAUGGCUGACAGUAGUAUCUAUGAAUGUGUACGGAACAAACUCCAUUGCCUGUCAGUUACCAGAAUACCACUGAGAUCGAAGGCCAUCAGCUGUUGCAAGAAUUCUACUGAAGACAGACUGAUUGUGGGCUGUGAAGACUCUUCAGUAAUUCUCUAUGAAGCUCACCGUGGAGUGACUCUCUUGGCCCAGGCUGAACUUUUGCCUUCGUUAAUAAGCUGCCACCCAAGUGGUGCCAUUCUGCUUGUUGGCAGCAACCAAGGGGAGCUGCAAGUUUUUGACAUUGCUCUAUCCCCUGUUAACAUCCAGCUCUUGGCUGAAGACUGCUUACCCAAGGAAACUCUGCAAUUCAAUAAAUUUUUUGAUGUUUCAAGCAGUCUUGUUCAAAUGCAGUGGAUAGCUCCUCCCAUUGUUUCCCAGAAGUCUGAAAGAGGAGAAAUCUAUGAUCUCCUCUUCCUCAGGUUCAACAGAGGACCUUUGGGUGUGCUGUUGUUUAAACUUGGCAUCCUCACGCGAGGGCAGCUGGGCCUGGUGGACCUGGUCCUCCAGUACAUUCACUGCGGUGAGGUGGACGAGGCAGUCAGCAUCCUGAGCAGCAUGAACUGGGACACCCUGGGCCAGCAGUGUCUCAUCAGCAUGAGCACCAUCGUGAACCAUCUUCUUAGACAGAGGCUCACGCCGGAGAGAGAAGCACAGCUCGAGGCAAGCCUUGGAACCUUCUAUGCUCCAACAAAACCACUUCUGGAUACAACUAUUUUGGAAUAUAGAGACCCAAUCGGCAAAUACGCCCGGAGAUUCUUCCACCACUUGCUCAGGCACCAGAGGUUUGAAAAGGCCUUUCUCUUAGCUGUUGACAUUGGUGCUCGUGACCUGUUUAUGGAUAUUCAUUACACUGCCCUGGAUAUGGGUGAACUGGCUCUGGCUGAGGUGGCGAGGAGGAGAGCAGAUGACAUUGAUGUGGAGUCGGAGUCCUCUGGAGUUGAACUCCUGGGGCCGUUGGACAGAAGAAGCAUGCUGAAUGACGCACUUGCUGGCUCAGCUUUAACACCUGAGGGAGGAAACGCAUUUCCAGAUCUUCUUCCUCCCAUUGCUCCAAUGCACAGAUACGCUGUUCAACAGGAAAGACCAAACGGCCGUUCUAACAGGUAAGAUAUAUUGAACUGAGAGUUUACUACACAGGGAAGUGUUUCACAUUCAGC